UCACUUGUGCUCGUCUUUGCAUGGCAGGCGACUACCCUCCAUUCGCAUCCGUGAAGCCAAACUGUUCGCAGGCGUGCGACAUCGGUGAAACACAAACCCCGAAGAUAGCCAGGCGCACGACACCUCCCAGGACGCUCCUGAAGUACUUUUCACCCCAUUCUGACGCAACCACACCAGAAUGAAGUCAAUGAUUCUCCAGCUCACUCGCAGCCUGCGGAGCGCGGCGCCACUCGCCGACCUCCGUGGCGCCCACUCGGCGGCACGUCCCGCCUCCACGUACAAGUCAGAAAAGAUGCUCACCUCCGAGGAAAUCUACACUCGUGAGCAUAAGUACGGCGCGCACCACUACCAUCCCCUGCCUGUAGCGCUGGAGAGGGGCGAGGGCGUCUACGUGUGGGACAUUGAAGGCAGCCGCUACUACGACUUCCUGAGCGCCUACAGCGCCGUCAACCAGGGCCACUGCCACCCCAAGAUCAUCGCCGCCCUCAACGCUCAAGCCUCCAAGCUCACGCUGACCUCCCGAGCCUUCUACAAUGAUGUGCUGGGCGCCUACGAGGAAUACGUUACGACCAUGUUUGGCUACGACAAGGUCUUACCCAUGAACACCGGUGUGGAAGGCGGUGAGACGGCGUGCAAGCUGGCUCGUAAGUGGGCCUACAACGUGAAGGGCGUUCCCAAGGACAAAGCCAAGAUUGUUUUUGCCGAUGGGAACUUCUGGGGCCGCACCCUGGCAGCAAUCUCCAGCUCCACGGACCCCAGCAGCUACGAAGGCUUCGGCCCUUUCAUGCCCGGUUUUGAGCUGGUCCCGUUCAAUGACGUUCCCGCACUUGAGAAAGCCCUCCAGGACCCGCACGUCGCCGCCUUCAUGGUGGAGCCUAUCCAGGGCGAGGCGGGCGUGGUGGUGCCUGACACCGGCUACCUGACCCAAGUCAGGGAGCUGUGCACGCGGCACGAUGUGUUGUGGAUCGCCGACGAGGUGCAAACGGGCCUGGGGCGGACCGGCCGGCGUCUGGCCGUGGACCACGAGCGAGCGCGUCCAGAUAUUGUCAUCCUGGGAAAAGCUCUCUCGGGAGGAGUCUACCCUGUGUCUGCCGUGCUGUGCGACGACGAGGUCAUGCUAACCAUCAAACCCGGGGAGCACGGGUCCACGUACGGCGGGAACCCCGUCGCUUGUCGCGUGGCCAUCGCUGCCCUCCAGGUCAUGAAGGAGGAGCAGCUGGUGGAGAACGCAGAGCGAAUGGGACAGCUGCUGCGCUCGGAGCUGAGCAAGCUGCCGUCCGACAUCGUGACCACGGUGCGGGGCAAGGGCCUGCUCAACGCCGUCGUCAUCAAAGAAACCAAAGACUACGACGCAUGGAAGGUGUGCCUGCGCCUGCGCGACAACGGCCUGCUGGCCAAGCCCACCCACGGCGACAUCAUCCGCCUGGCCCCGCCCCUCAUCAUCAACGAGCCCCAGCUGAGAGAGUGCAUCGACAUCAUCCACAGAACCGUCGCGUCUCUCUAAAAUGUGCAGUCAAGUUCAAGAGGCUCAUCCUGAUUUGGCUCCCUGUUCCCAGCAUCGGUUAUUUUGCCCACUCUCCCAGAAACUAUUUCGUCCGGACAAAAUGAUGGAAACGAAAUGUGCCCUAUUCCUAAAAAUGUAAUUCAUGAAAACAUCAUGAGUAGUAGGAUCACAUUAAACAAGCUCUACAGCUAUGAAAUGCCAACUUGAGAAUAAGGAGUAAUAAAAAAAAAAAAUUCUACCAUUGAGAAAAUCAUACUAAUGUCGCUUCUGCGUUACGUUUACGACAUCCGAGCGCAAUGAUAAAUGACACAUCAGCCUUAAAUAGAAUUGCGCAGGCACCAUUUUUCCCGUUUGAGUUGCCACUGGGGAAAAUCUCCACUUAAGAUGGAUGAGGCCCAGCGUGGCCAUUAAAGCGCACGUCCCCUCCCAGGAGCUUUCGACACAUCUUUCCAUUAGCACGUUUGACUCGUGCUAAUGGAAAUAAUGCUUGGUGCACACGAAAAAGAAAAGGCAUCAUCACACCCCACACACUUUUUCACUUGUAACAUUACAACUAUUGUCGGGAUUUUACCUCCCGACCUGUUACGUCACUUUUUUUUUUUUUUGAAGAAACAAUUCAACCUUGCUCAAAAAUAUGACUAUUAUUUCAUUUUGGUUUGUAAUAUUUCCUGCCAAAUUUUGCGCCACUGUUUUUUUAGGCAGUAUAGAGGAAGGAAGGAAGGAUGGAUGGAUGCUUAAAAUUACGCUGAGGUUUGGAUUCCGUAAUUUCGUACAAUUUUAGUGGCGUAUUCCCCCCGCCCCGAAGAUAUCGGUCACAAUUACAAUUUUCCCAAACUUCACAUAACGUUUUCUACAAAAUUUUGCUCCGUUGCUUUCGUACUAGCACCGCUUAGGUGAGCAGUUCGGAUUCCGACGGUUUUGUAUGACUUUCGGAAUAAAUGUUUUCCCCCGCGAAAAUAUCGGCGACAUUUCAAAUUGCUACAAACUUCAUAUUUUUGUCCAAAAUCUUGCUCCACUGCAUUUUGCUUGCAUUCCUUAAAAUAUGCUGAGGUGAGUCGUUCGGAUUCCGAAGGUUUCCCACGACUUAAGAGGUGUAUUUUUUCCUGGAAAAUGUCAAUUACAUUCAGAAUUUUACUAGCAUGACUUAAAUUUCUCUAAGGUGAGCACUUCGGAUUCCCAAAGUUUCGUACCAGUUCAGAUGUGUAUUUUUCCCUGAGAAUAUUACAGAAUGCAUAAUUUUUAACUCUGGACUUUUAGUACAAUUUCCCACUUUUUAAGCUAGCUUUGCUUAAAAGUGCUAUUGCUUACGCUGAAAUGAACUGUUCUGAUUCCGAAGGUUUCGUACGACUUCAGACGGGCUAGGGUGUCCCUGAGUGUUUAGUCAAAUACGUAAUUUUUGCUUUCUUUAAUUAUUGUCGGUCGCUUUUCAAGCUACAGACACACAAAAGCAAAUCCUGUAGCUCAAGCUUGCGCCGUGUGUUCCAGCUGGUGCAACACACCUCCCAAUAUAACUUUUUGGCCCUCCAAACUCCAGUUUCGGCUUUCGCUUCCCUGUCGGUCUGUUACAAGCGACCGACUCCCGAAGCUUUCACGUGGCAAGUGCGGAUGCGAAGACUGCCAUAAAAUCUGCCUGUGGAUAUUUGGAGAAGCUGAAUAACGCAGACAGACAGACUGGCAGAUCCUGGGCCAAAAAAGUGGCUCGAACACAGAUCACGCUCAAAGCCAAAGACGGGGAAGAAAAGGUCAAAGGCAAGAAGGAACUGUCAGCUUCCACUAUACAUAUAGAAAGGGAAAAUGAAUGCAGAAAAUGGAUGCUUAAUGGUGCCCAGAGGAAGUGUGGAGGAGGAGAAAAAACAGUAGCGGUCAUUGUGAAUGUCCUCGGAGAGGAUCCAGGAGGGGGAGGAGGGAUGGAUUUCGGGUUAGAAGGUGACACUAACGAGCCGAGCUUUGGGCUCGCUGCCACCGAAGCGCUCAAGUGUCAUAAAGGAGAAAUCCCCGUCGUCGUCGACUUUCAGGGCGCACGACGUCGGUGGCGCGUGUCCUCCACGUCUCGGUGCAGAAUGUGGAAGUUAGAGAGUUCAGAAAGAUAUGUGAAAAGUCCGUGAUGUAAAACCAAAAUACAGUGGACUCUUGCUAUACAAAUAGCAAAAUUCAGAGAAUUGAUGCUUGCUUGUUUCUAUGCGCCCUGCGAUUGGCUGGCGACCGGUUCAGGGUGUACCCCGCCUUCCGCCCGAAGAUAGCUGGGAUCGGCUCCAGCGGCCCGCGACCCCACUGAGGAUAAGCGGUAAAGAAAAUGGAUGGAUGGAUGAAAAUUAUGAAGCAUUUAUUUUGAUGCAAAAUUUCAUUCUAAUUAUACAUUUAUGUUUAUAUUCUGAAAAAAUAUCUAUCAAUGAACCAAUUAUUUGAUUUUGAAAUGAAUUGAAAAAAAAAAUAAUUGCAACAAAUGUCAGAGGACUUUUGAUGAGCUGAAUCACAGGUGUCAAAGGCAAGGCCCGGGGGCCACAUUCAUUUAUGUGGCCCGCGAAAGCAAAUCCAGCGCGUCGACUUCAUGUUGCUAAAAUAACAUUGUAAAUUGUCUUCAGUUUUAAAAAAGUUGAUUGCAAACAUUUUUGUUCCCAA